AUGAAGUGUUAUGCCGAUUCAUGCCAGCCUUGGAUGGCCUCCGUCACACGUGGUAAUUACUUCUUCCCCAUUGAAGACACAUUUCCCUAUUCCGUCCAGGUAUCGAGACUGGAGCUUGAAAAGGACUUAUUGGAGAACGGACUCGCCAACUGCGUAACCUAUUUACAGGCGCUACGGAAGAAGCAAAGUCGGAAUGAACGCCGGCUUGCUGCCGACUCGUCCUUGCCUGUUAGGAAAAAGAAGAAGAUCCGACAAAGUAUGCGCCACCUGGAGAAAGAAAUUCAAAAUCGAGAGCGUGAUGAACAAGCUUUCCUCAACAAUCUCCAAGCCUGCAAAGCAAAUAUCUAUCUUGCCGAGACAGUUUCGUCGCCAUCUACAACAGUCUCGUCAACGAUACCAGACCUUGCCUCGGUCUCUACCCUAUGUUCAUACCCGGAAGAACCAGAAGCCAGAGAUGGGCAGUGGAACGGUUGGGUGGACAAGAUGGCAUCAUCUUUGUUUCAAAAGGAUUGUAGCAACUCUACCUCUAUUGACGACAUCGCACCAGAUGACCAUUUAGGUGCUGAUGGGUCCGAUUUAGCGAUCAUCAAAAGCACAGUAUGUGCACAGUAUGUGGCACAGACAGGCGCUACGUGGCUUUUGCCCAUGACCUGCACAUCAAAGCAGUUUGUGUUCAGCCCUGAGGCUGCUCUUUUUGAACCCCAAAACACCUACAAGGAUCAGGAUAUGCAGUUAGACCAACAGUUCGCUGAACUACGUCUUGCCUCAUCAAUAGCAGCGACAACGUUGGACGGCGGGGGAUUGGGUGGUAGCAUGGAUACAUGUCGCCUCACCAAAUUUGUCACUGCACAACCAAAUCCGAAAAAACUUGUUUGA